GCACGUGACAUGACACCGCUGCGGGGCAAUGAAGCCAGAUAGACGGAGCCAAAGUUGAUGUUUUAUCCCAUACAUACGUCAGAUAACAGGAUUUUAGAAUAGACCGGCCUCCACUUUCCAUACCAAUCAUGAAGGUAUUAGUAACUGGUGCAUCGGGUCUGAUGGGACGAGCGCUUAUGAGGGAGUUUGAGAGGACAACCUCUUGUGAUGUUCUUGGUCUAGCAUUCUCUCGUGCAAAGGGCGCCCUCAGGAAGGUGGAUAUAACCGAUGAAGGAGAGGUCAGAAAGGUCAUGCAAGAAUUUCAGCCUGAUGCAGUGGUUCAUGCUGCUGUUCAGAGGAGGCCUGAUGUAGUAGAGAAAGAUGAAGAAAAGGCUAAGAAAGUUAACUGCAGUGCUACAGAAACAGUUGCAAAGAUUAGUGCUGAGAUGGGUACCUACUUGAUCUACAUCAGUACUGACUAUGUAUUUGAUGGCACCAAACCCCCUUACAAACCCUCAGAUGCUACAAACCCUCUCAACAAAUAUGGACAACAAAAACUAGAAGGAGAGAAGAUAUCACAAGCACAUAACCCAGAUUGUGCAGUUUUACGAGUACCAAUCCUAUACGGCCAGAUUGAGACAGUAGAAGAAAGUGCUGUCACUGUUCUAUACAAUACAUUGAUGAAUCGAGAGAAGACUGACUUGGUUGAUGAUUGCUGUACCCGAUGUCCCACUCAUGUUGAUGAUAUUGCUGUGGUAUGCAGGCAGAUGUGUGAAAGAUGGAAGACUGAUCCUCAGAAAUUGAAUGGUGUGUUCCAUUGGUGUGGAUCUGAGUUCAUGACUAAAUACACCAUGAUAACCACCCUAGCUAAUGCAUUCAACCUUCCUCAUGAUCACUUGAAACCAAACCCAAUCCAACCAACGGGGGGAACAUUACGCCCCAAAGAUUGUUCCAUGGACCGGUCUAAACUGGAAGCUUUGGGUAUCGGACAGACCACGCCCUUUAAGGAAGGAAUACAUAAGAUAUGACAAUAAGGACCAACUUGACUGAACCAUAUAGUAUUAAAACAAUACUAAUUCCACUGUUCAGGGAGGAAUUUAUCUGUUUCACAUGACAAUAAGGAGAAAAUUUGGAUAUUUGAUGUAAUAAAAUACAAAAGAAAUAGUGAAUGGACGACGUCAUCAGUCUCCUCAUUUGUAUACCGACCAGGAUGUGCAUAUAACUGUUUUGUGAAAUUAAGUGGAACUUGUCAUAACUUUCUUAUUCUACAUAUGAUUUUGUUGAAAUUUUCAGUGUUAUGCUUGUUGGAUUUUUCUCUUAUUAUUUCAAAUCAACUUUCUGUUGGGGUGGACUUGUCCUUUAAGAUUGUUAAAAUGCGCAUCAAACAAAGUGGUCAAAGACCCCGUUCUCAUUACGCCUUCUAAAAGUAGUCUACUUGGAACCGGUUCAGGAAAUCAGUUUGGAAGAUCGCUUUGCUAGUUUUCCCAUUUGAUCACCCGAAAGUAGUUUUCAAAAUCACUUCACGUAAAGCUUGUUGCUAUGGGAAUGCUCUCAGUGGGGUAACACAUUUGGUGCGAAAUUGGAAACCACAUCAUAGGCAUUCUACACACAUUGUUUAGAGUAGCGUGCUCAAAAUGUGCGAAGAUCGCUUCCCAAAGAACAGUUGUGUCCUCGCUAAAGCCAGUUUAACGAGGCAAAGCGAUCUUGAAAACUACAUCGCAAGUGGUUUUAUGAACCGGUUUGGAAAAUGGCUUCCAAGAUCGCUUUGACCAUUCUCAUUACACGUUAAACUGGUUUCCAGUAAACUAGUUUUAGGAAGGUAGUGGGAACAGUGUCAAAGUGAUUGUAGAUUAUGACAGCAAUGACUUUGAUAAUCAAAGGGGAUUUAAACAUGAUAUGCAAACUGUUAUUUUGAUUGCUUUAAAAAAAAUUGUGUAUGUUCAAUCAAUGGAGAGACUUGCAUUACCCAGGGGGAGUUGUGCUCCAAUCUAUUUUGCAUAUGUUAUCAUAUCCAGUUCAGUUAUCCUUCUACAGCAAUGAUGUCAUGUGUUUAUGAUCAUUAUGAUCUUUUUGUUUUUAUACUGUUUAAGAUUUUUUUAGGGCAAUUAUGUAUGUAUAUUUUGCAAGAUAUUUCAUAGUAUCAUCUUUUAUAAUCAAAGAUUGUAAACUUCGAUGAAUUCUAGAUCAUGAAUUUUCAACUCUUGCUGUGAUUUCUGAAUCAGUCAUUUAACAGCCAACCUAAAUAGGUCUAUGCAGACCUCUACCAAAUAUUAUUUGGGAAUUUGUAUUAAAUGGAAGACAUUAAGAUGUCAAAUACGGUGAUGUUCAUUUUAAGAAUAUUUAUGGCAAUCAAGUUAUUUAUCAUAUUGUGCAGGUUUGAAAUAAUCGUUUUUAUUGCCUGAAAUCUUUUCUUCCAGAUCAUAUUUUUUGUUCCUGAAAUAAUGUAGAUGUUCAUUGAAGUAAGCAAAACAUCACUGUCUGCUACUCAUGUCUAAUUCUAACAAAUUUUGGCAGGCAAUCAUCACUGUACUGUAAUAAGCAUGUUAAUGUUUAAAAUUGAAGAUUACUGUAUAAUGCUCUCCAAACACACAGUGUUCACUUAUUUCUUUCAUCUUUAGACAUGCUGUUGUUCCUGCUUCAUAGCACAGUCAUUUCUGAGGUACAUUAUUAAAAAAACAUCCUUUUACAAUUUGAGAGUUUCUACAAUUAUUCAAAUUAAUAAUCAAGAUUAGAUUUUACUUUCAAAGUGGGGGUAUGAAAGUGAUAUAAGCAGUGGAAAAUUUUAAAUGCAAUCUUAUAUGGCAAAGGUCAGUUAAUGUGAUUAUGUCUUGAAACAAAUGUAAUGAUAUAUUGAAUAAUUUUUUGUCACUUUUUUAUUUGAAGUAGAAGUGAGAUUUUAUUUUAUAUCAAGAAUCAAAGUUAAUUUUAUAUCAAGAAUUCUGAUCUCUUGGUUUCAAUUAAAUCAUAUUUUGGAUGUAGGUUUUAUUUUAUCAUAGGACAUCUGAUAUCUGAGAUAAUAAGUGUAAAGAAAGCAGCUUAUAUCAUCUCUAAUCAUUUUUAAUCAUCUGUGGUGCUAUUUUGCAUUAGAUUAGCAUAUAUGUUUAAUAAAGAUAAGACAAUGAUAAGCAUGCAGGUUUAAUGUAAUAAGAUAAUAGCAGUCCAGUUUUAUCAUGAUAUUGUGUGUACAAUUCUUAAAUACUCUAUAUCCUUAUAAGAUUUUUUUUGCACAAUUUAAUGUCAAACCAUAUGAUUUGGUUUCUACAUAUAAUAUGUCUGCACCAAUUAUGAUUUCAUUUCCUGUCCUGGUUGUUCAAACCCUCAUAAUUAUGAACAUGUAAGGUGCUAGGGUCUAAGGAUCAGGGAUUUUGUCUUCCUUUUUCAAUAUGGUGGUGAGAGUUUACAAUUGAAAUAUUAAAAUAGGAAUGAUUAUCACUUUUACAAUAUGUAAA